GCUGCCCGCGCCACACAAUAGCGCGGCUCCGCGGCCCCGGGACUUGCGAGCAGCCCGGCCCGGGAAGUUGGUGCUCGCUGUCGGCGCCCCAUGGCCGCCCGGCCCUGACGCCCGGGCCGGAGCGGGGCAGAGCCGGCCGCCACCAUGUCCAUGCUGCCCACCUUUGGCUUCACGCAGGAGCAAGUGGCGUGCGUGUGCGAGGUGCUGCAGCAGGGGGGCAACAUCGAGAGGCUGGGCCGGUUCCUCUGGUCGCUGCCCGCCUGCGAGCACCUCCACAAGAACGAGAGCGUGCUCAAGGCCAAGGCCGUGGUGGCUUUCCACCGGGGCAACUUCCGCGAGCUCUACAAGAUCCUAGAGAGCCACCAGUUCUCGGCUCACAACCACCCCAAGCUGCAGCAGCUCUGGCUCAAGGCGCACUACAUCGAGGCGGAGAAGCUGCGGGGGCGGCCCCUCGGGGCGGUGGGCAAGUACCGCGUGCGCCGCAAGUUCCCCCUGCCCCGCUCCAUCUGGGACGGCGAGGAGACCAGCUACUGCUUCAAGGAGAAGAGCCGCAGCGUGCUGCGCGAGUGGUACGCGCACAACCCCUACCCGUCCCCCCGCGAGAAGCGCGAGCUGGCCGAGGCCACCGGCCUCACCACCACCCAGGUCAGCAACUGGUUCAAAAACCGGCGGCAGCGAGACCGGGCGGCCGAGGCCAAGGAAAGGUACGAGGAAAACAACGAGAAUUCCAACUCCAACAGCCACAACCCGCUCUCGGCCUCCAUGAACGGCAAUAAGACAGUUUUGGGCAGCUCGGAAGACGAGAAGACGCCGUCAGGGACCCCUGACCACACUUCUUCCAGCCCAGCCUUGCUGCUCAAUUCCAACCCGGGCCUGCAGCCGCUGCACGGCUUGGGGCACCCCCAAGGGCCUAGCGCCAUCCCGGUGCCCACUGCGGACCCUAUGCACCACCACAACUUGCAGGACUCCAUUCUCAACCCCAUGUCGUCUAACUUGGUGGACCUCGGUUCCUAAAGCUAUGGACGCGCUCCCCCCCUCCCCUUCCUCCUUCCCUCCAUAUUUCCCCCUCGCCCUUUCCAAACAAAAAAGC